AUACUACAUUAUUGGAUGUGUUACAACUUACAUGCUUAUAUCGAUUGUGUUUUACUAACAAUCAGAAUUACAUUUGUAAAUAUUUGUACUUUAUUAAUCCUGACCUGCUUACACUGUAGGCGAGUUUCCUUGUACCGUAAAUACGCCUAUAAGACGGCACCGAAAUUUAGAACAAAAUCGGCUGUGUUGGGUGGAGCAGUCCGAGUUCGUCUGAAAAGCUCCUGUCCGGUUCAGAUCAGCCAUCUGGAUCAUCUCGUGCUGACGGUUCGGGAUGUGAAAAGAAGCACGGAUUUCUACUCCUCAGUCCUGGGAAUGAGUGUAGUUACAUUUAAGGGGAACCGUAAAGCAUUGAGCUUUGGAGAGCAGAAAUUCAACCUACAUGAGGCUGGGAAAGAGUUUGAGCCAAAAGCCAAUAAUCCUGUGCCAGGCUCAGCAGAUCUUUGUCUCAUCACGAAGACCCCACUAGAAAAAGUCGCUUCCCAUUUGAAGGAAUGUGGCGUGAAGAUUGAGGAAGGACCAGUGGAGAGGACAGGAGCGGUCGGCCCCAUCAAGUCUCUGUAUUUCCGAGACCCUGACCACAACCUGAUAGAAGUUUCCAACUAUAGCAACUAAGACUUGUAGAACAGCAGGCUAAUUGUGGAGGAAUCUGCCAUUUGCCUGUUACUUGUGUGAUUAUAACACCUGGACCAAAAUAAACAAUAGAAUUGUGAAAAUACAAAAAUGUAAAACUUUUUAUAUAAAAAAUAUAGAAGAUAUAGACUAAUAGAAAUAUAUAGAUGUAUUUAUAUAGAAAAUAUAAGUACAUGUCUGUAAGAUAUACUGUACUGUUCACCACUUUAAGGCAAAUGCAAUAAAAUAACAGCUGUUUUUGAAAAUUUA